GGAAGGUGGCUUUAUGGUUUAACCGAAACACAGAGGAGAGAUACUCUACCCCUCAAGCCUGCUUAACUCGAGAGGAUCAAUGAGAGGAAGCUGUAUAAAACGGGAGACAUAUCCCUCAGAAUCUAUAGUCGAUAGGCUGCAAAUCUCUACAAUGAAGCUGCAAAUCCUACUGACUCUUAGCUGUGCUGCGCUGGCUUGGGGUCAGGUGGGCAAUGCGGACAGCUACCUUGAUGAAGUGUUGGAAAACGCUCGGAACAAUCCCGAGAUCCGAGGGAAAAUCGAUCCCCUCCGCAUCGACGACAUUAGCUUCAAGAAAGGAUCCGCCAGUGAUAUUAAAGUCUACGGUCUACUGAGUCUCGCGCGGUCGGGACCAGCGACCCUUACCGACCACGGAGACGGGAAUUUCGCGAUCGAUGCGAACCUCGGCUUGAAUCGAGUGACUGGUGACGGGCGAUACAAGUACCGUGCUCUCUUCCGCUUCAAAGGGAGCAUUUCCGCUAAGGUCGACAACAUCUCGUGCAACGUCCGAAUCGCCAUCAGUAAUGGGAAAGCUCAUCUGCAAAACUUCAGCAUCGGCUCGAUGAGCGGUCUGAAAGUCACUCGCUUCACUGGGGCUUCCGCCGUCUUCAAUUGGUUGGCAAAAUGGAUAAUCAACCUCGUCGUGAACAAGAAUCGCGGAAAGAUCAGAGGCCAGGUGGAGAAUGGCGCUCGCCAAGCUCUCGCUACGGCGCUGGAGAAGGUCGAUAUAAACAGAUUCAUUCCGAGACAGUGAACUUCGGGUGAGCCGGGUGCCGCCAACGUUAGGGAGAUACUCUAAUCUAACAAAUAAAAUCCUCAAUCAAACAC